CAGAGGGCCAAAGGACAGGUUUACUAGACAGGAGAGGAUUCAGAGAGAGAAAGACAGACUUUAGACUUCUGAACUAGUCAGAAACAACACGCCUUCCCCUCAGGCAGAGGAAAAAGAAAGAGACGAAAGAAGAAUAAGAGAGUUGAUUAUCUAGAAAGGGUGCAUAGCUUCUCUGUGACUGUGGUGGGAUUGUGUGUUUGGGAGCUUGAACUUUUGGAUUCAGUCUGGAUGGGAAUUCCUGCUGUGCUUGUCAGAUGGGGAUUAUUCCAUGAACGGCUGGAUCUUGUUACCGAUAGCUGAUGGCGAUGACAGCCCUGUUCCGAAUGAAGUGGGGACAUAAACCUCAAGAGGUCCAGACCAAACCUCAGACGCCAGUGCCCCAUCUGCCCAGCGAGGAUGAUGACGAUGACGAGACAUUGUCCGGGAGAGCUCCGAUACGCAGGAAUUCACGGUUUUACCGUUCAAUGAGAAAGAAAAAGUUGUCUUCGUCUUCAGAACAACAAGAAAGCCCCACCUCCUCUCCUAAACCAGCAGUGGACCCCGCCUCCUGCAAUAGGCUCAGCCCCUCUGCAGCGAAUCGAAUUCCACCCUCUCCCAAAACGCAUCAUCCACCUUCUCGUUCUGGAAUCUCGUUGCCGAGCAACGGGAUUACUGUGCUGGGAGGAGUUCGCUCUCGGUCUCCGUUGGCGACGCCGGGAGGUUGGUCGCGUAGACAAGAAAUGGAAGAGCUGAGUGAACGGACGACGAGUGCCUGCACCAUGCAGGACAAUGACAUUCACACCACUGCCGACCCGGACAACAUUACACUCCGGCUGGUGAGGAAUGGUGACAGUCCGCAGAAGAUGGCAGUAGAGAAUUCCUGCCGCAAUCUCAACAUUGUGAAGAGUGUCGAUGUUUUGUAUCAAGAGUACCGCGACACCUCGAAGCAGCAGGAAAUCGAGCAGCGUCGACAGAGAGAUGGGCUUCCGACUUCAGGGUCAGGGGUCACGGCUGCGCCUGCGUUGCAGCUGCAGCUGAGGAACAGCACGCAUUCACUGAGCCUCUGGCAAAACCUGGAGGCUGUGAAAGACAGUGGACUACUGAAGACACUAGAGCCAAAGGAGACCAUACUGCAGGAGGCCAUGUUUGAACUGGUGACCUCUGAGGCAUCAUACUACAAAAGCCUGGAGCUGCUGGAGACACACUUUCUACGAAACCCUCUGCUUGUCAACACCUUGAGUCAGUCUGACAUGCACUUCCUGUUCUCCAACAUUGAGGACAUCAUGAAGGCAAGCGAGAGGUUCCUCAUGGAUCUGGAGCACAGGAUCGAAGAGUCCAUCCUGAUAUCAGACGUGUGCGACAUUGUUCAUUUUCACGCUGUUAACCACUUCCAAGUCUUCAUCAGCUACGUCAUCAACCAGGCGUACCAGGAGAAGAACUAUCGACGUAUAUUACAAGAAAAUGCUCUUUUCCGAGAGAAUAUGUCCAUUUUGGAGAAUCAGCCGAAAGUGAAGGGCCUCUCGUUUACCUCCUUCCUCAUCCUCCCUUUCCAGCGAAUCACACGACUCAAGCUACUUGUUCAGAAUAUUCUGAAGAAGGUGGAGGAAAAUUCUGAGAGAGAAAAGACCGCAAUAUUAGCUCAUCAAGAGUUGGAAAGGAUUGUGAAGGAGUGCAAUGAAGGAGUGAGGAAGAUGAGUCGCACCGAGGAGCUGAUCAGCAUCGAGAAAACACUUGAAUUCAAGUCAAAGUCAGUGCCGGUGAUUUCUCACUCUCGCUGGCUCCUGAAGAAGGGUGAGGUGCAGCAGAUGUCCGGGCCCAAGAGCACCAGGACCAUGCGCAGCCGCAAGCUCUACCACCCCAUCUACCUGUUCCUUUUCAAUAACCUGCUGCUCAUCACCAAACGCAGCUCCAGUGGAGAGAAGUACCAGGUUCUGGACUCUUGCAGCCGCUCCAUGCUGAGGACUGAAGACCUGGAGGAUCAGGGUCAGAUGCUGGCCUGUGCGUUUGUGCUGAAGCUGCUGGAGAACCAGGAGGACAGAGAAGUCAGCUACAUGCUCAAGUCUGAAAGCAUAAGCGAUAAACUGCGCUGGAUAUAUGCUUUGACUCCAAACCGACGUACGAGAUUCCUCUCAACCAGCACUCACCAACCAGAUUCUCCACAGGUUCAGUGUAUCCAGUCGUACUCCUCUCAGGAACCUGAUGAGCUCUCUGUAGAAAUGGCUGAUGUGCUGCACAUUCUGGAGUGUACCGAUGAUGGCUGGAUGUUGGGUGAAAGGUUGCAUGAUGGCGAGCGAGGCUGGUUCCCGACCCGCGUGGUGGAGAAGAUCAUGAGUGCUGAAGUUCGGGCUCAGAACCUCAAAGAGUGUCAGAGGAUCCAGCAGGCUCAGGAAGGAGCACAGGGGGCCAGAGCCGCCUCCAGGGGGCGCCGCCCAGCUAAAAGCCCCCAAUACACUCCCACCUGGACUGACCUGUAGAUAAGGAGCAAGAAAUGACAUUGCAUAACCACCACAAGCAUCAUACGUUCUCCUAAUUCCUGACCCGGUAACCCGGAAGCGGCAUCCCCUAGAUGUCACGGCGGACCGAUAGUCAUUCUGUGUCCAGUGUUUUAUUGAAUACGUGUCCGGCGUCACAGUGAGGACUCGACAGGGUCGUGGAAGAGCUCUUGCACUAUAAGCACUUGUGUUUUUGAAUCGCUGCUUCCAUACAGUCCUAACACACUGUUAGCAUGAAGGAUUUCAACUUCCGCAAUCACACACGGGACUACUUUUCUGACGCAUAUGAGGUGAAGGAAAAUAAAUGCUACGUCAGGACUUUUGUAAAGUCGUAAUGCUUCUCUGGAAAAGGAAUGUAUUAAUGUGCAUGGUCACACCUUACUGACAUUACAGGCUUGUGUUUUUAAACUAACCUCUGAGGACAAAGAGGAUGUACAGCACCGUAUGGAGCUCAUUCUCCUCCCAUCCACUUGAAGAACAAAAUGAAAAUAAGAGAGAAAAUGAACAAAGAUAAUCAAAUGCACAUAUAUAGCAUUUUGAAUGCGAUUAUUGGGGAACAUGGAGGUAAAAAAUGCAGAUGAAGAACACGGAGGCGUUUAUUGCACGUGCUGCAUGAAAAUAUGUGUACAAUCACAUACACAUUAAACAAUGUUUUCCUACACAAACACACCACACACAAGAGAGUAAUGUUGUUAAACCAGUCUAACAACCGUGUCCUAACCAGAUUCAACAUGGUAACUUUCCAGAAUCAAGACAUUUGUCCAUACUGAAAGCGAAAAUGCUCAGUGUUUAAUAUAGCAUAACCAUGUUUAAUAUUAACUAAUCACAUUUUUGAUACAGACAAUCACCUUUUUAUUUGGAUGCACAACCAAUUAAAAUAAUGUGUGUAUUUAUAUAUAUAUAUAUAUAUAUAUAUAUAUGAUUAAAUAA